AGAAAUUAAAAAAUGCCUUUAAUGCUGUUUAAAUACUAUUAUAUAUGGGGGAACUGAAUUUCAAUAUUUGGACGUUGUGUCCUUUUUGCGCAGUUAACUCCACCUCAGAUAGAACGCCAUGUAAACACACCCUUGCCGAUGAUUGGUUGAGAUGUUUUAGCGCGGCGUGGCGCAACCAAUCAGAGGAUUGUUUUUCUCUGGCGUCGUUUCACGGGUAGUAAGCUAACGGAUAAUGCAAAUCUAAACUUAUCUGGAGAACGCGGGUAGUUUCUGGAAGGGUGCAUUGUGUUGGUGGGUUUGAAUGGCUAAAUAAAGUAUUUCUUCUUGGGAUUAUAUUGGCGGAGAUGCUGUGGUGUCGUCAAGGCGAGGAUUCAAUAAUUGGGUAACGUAAGCUAACUAAGUUAGCUGCAGCUUGCCCAUUUUAACGUUCCCCGCGAGGCCGCGGAGAGUUACGAGAGCUGCUUCCUGAUCUGUGUUUACCAAUAAUGUAGUUUAAAGCUGCCAAAUAUAUCGUAACGUUGCGCUAAUUGUAGAAGCUGUUACGCCAACGGUGUAAUCGACCGCACUUAUCUUUAAGAGCCUGCGGGCCUCCUAGCCUGUUAGCACGUUCGCUAGCCUGCUAACAUGAGUGAAGUGACUGACUACAAACAGUCCGGUGACCCUGCAUCGAGGAAACGGAGCGCAUCACUCGACCUGGACGAAGACGAUGCGAUUCCUCAUAAGUUCGCUAAAGUAAGUGACGACGCAAAUGGAACUGGACAAACUUCAAAAAGUUGCGAAAACAGUGAAGUUGAAAGUAAAGAAGAAACUCAGAGGAAGCCAAAAGAUACUGUUGCUGAAGGAACUGCUGUGCAGACAGAUAAGGCUUCGGACCUUACAGAUAGCACCAGCGAGCAGCCCGUUAACAGCUCCAGCCCUAACAGUGACCAUGCCGACAUCACCGAGAAACCGCAGUCCUCAGAGGCCUCGGCACCCACCGAUUCAAAAGAGGAAACCCAGAAAACAGCUGAAUCAGUGCAGCAUCCCUCAACUCCUGUGGACCAGUCCGACUCCGCAGCCAUAGCAGCUGCUGAAGCACUGGCCAGUCUCACUGGCGGAGACGGAGAGGAAAGCCAAGAGACCCCGUGUUCAUCUGCAAAAGUGAGACCAGUGAAACAUGGAAGUAAAAACAAACAGCGGCCAGGCCAGCCUUCAAAAGUUGGCUCCAAAACACAGGCAGCUGCAGACAGCUCCACAUCAGCACGGAGUACCGACAGAGAAGAUAAAGAUGAUGCUGCCGAAGCAGACGAAGGGGAUGAAUCCGUCUCGGGAUCUUCCUCCACACCCAGCUCCUCUUUCCCAUCUGACAAUGAGGACAAUGAUGAUGGAGAGUGUGCGAUUGUGUCGGUCAAAAUGGCCCCAGAGAUGAGGCAGUCUGUUGCUCUGCUGGCACAAGUGCAGAUGAGACUUGAGGCUCUAGAGAAGAAGAGCGUCAGACUCCAUCAACGGCUGGAGCUGAAGAUUAAUCGCCAGAGACGCCCGCAUCUUGAUCAGAGAAGCUCCAUCACGAAAACCAUCCCGGGGUUCUGGGUGACAGCUCUGCUGAACCAUCCUCACCUCUCUGCUCACAUAGAUGAGACUGAUGAAGAUGCUCUUAGUUACAUGACUGAUCUUGAAGUCGAAUCUUUCAAAAACACCAAACUCGGCUACAGGAUUCGCUUCCACUUCCGACGGAACCCAUAUUUCCAGAAUAACAUCAUUAUGAAGGAAUUGCACCUUGGCAUGGGAGGGUCACCCAUGUCAUUCUCCAACCCCAUCCUCUGGCAUCGCGGACACAAUCUGACCGCUAACAGUGAGCCCAGGAAGUCAUGCCGCGGCGUUUACGAGACGUUUUUCAGCUGGUUCAGCGACCACAGCAACCCGGUGCAAGACGAUGUAGCACAGAUACUGAAGGACGACCUCUACAGAGAUCCACUGAGAUACUACCUCACUCCUCUCUGGGAACCGAGGGAGAACGGCAGCACCACAGAGGCCAGAGCAGCUGGAAACGGAAACGGAGAUGAUUGCGUGGUGAUUUCUGACUCGGACGACGAGCCAGGGGAGGACACUGGUGACGCCGAUCCAGGCCGCAGCAGGGAGGACGAGGAAGAGGAGGACGACGACGAUGAUGAAGAAGAAGAAGGUGCAGAAGAAGAAGAGGAGGAGGAGGAAGACGGCAGGCGAGCGAGUCCAGAUGAGAGCCAGGAGGAAGAGGAAGAGGAGGGCAGUGGAGAAAUUGUGAUCGACGGCUCUGACGACAGCGAUCAGGAGGAGGAGGAGGAGGCCUAAGAGGAAAAAGUGAAGAUAAACAGAUGCACACCAGUAAACCGCAGCGUUCAAACCACCUGCUGGUGUUCUCUAGGUCCUCUCUGUGCCUCCAAACCAGUCCUGGGUCAUCAGGACGCGGACGCAGGAUCUCUGGGAAGUCAUCUGACUGACUUCAGCGCUCUGGUUUUUAUAUUGUGGCUGCUGCGUUGUGUGUGUUUGAGCAAGCCGCUGUAGGGACGAGAAACUGGGAAUAUGAAGAGGAGACGCAGUGCAAACAUUGAAUCGUUCUUCCUGGUGUCAUUUUUAUGCACAAAAUAUCAGUCUUUUUUUUUUUUUUUUUUUUUUUUUUACCUAAAA